AUGUACACUCCCAUCAGUCCUGAAGUCCAUUCCUGUUUGUUUUCGAGACAUCCAACCAAAGUAUAGGUGGCCAGUGAAGAGUAUAAUUGUUUAUUCAUUAUCCAUGAGGACUCACUUGGAUUGUGCUCCUUGGCUCUAUCUCAAUCAGUUAUCAACAAUCAUUUGUUUAUAACUUAGCAGCUCCUCCCCAUUCAAGUCAUCAUCAACCAUUGCAUUGAGAUCAGGUUUCUCCACCUGGUGCUCUUCAGAAGUGUUGGGAGCUCAUCUUCCAGAAUGGCCUGGAGAAUUGGUUUAGGGCAGUAGGUGAACUGAGAAUUCGGGGAAUAUUCUCAUGGAGUAUGAGAUUGAGAAGGCCAUCCUGCCCUGAAGUUUGUCUCCUCCUGGAGAUUAAUAGCUGAGCUCUGCUGGUGCACACACAGAGAAGCCAUUAAGACUAGACCACUGGGUAAAAACCCAGGAGCCUGGAGGCCGCCACUCCCCAGAUUUUAUUGCUGGCUUCAUUGUUUAAAAGCUGUGGCCUUUUGUUUCCUUCAUCUGGAGAAAUAAAAUGCUGCGUUCAAAAUACAAUUGAACUCUGGAAUUCAGUCAAACACUUCGAAAACUUAAAAGAAAGAGAGAACAGAGUUUAAGCAGAAACUGGAUAGAAGACAAAUCAGGAGAGACAAGGAAGACCCACCUGAGUUCCUUCAGUGCUGACAAUCCCAUCCUUUGGAAGGUCCCUAAAACUUUUCCCCCAUUUAAUCCACAAUGGGCUGAGAAUCAGGAGUCUCCAUUAGAUGAUUGAAAGUUUGGCAAUGAAACAUCUGCAAGAAAACGACUAAGGACCCCCUAUUUCAACCCUGAGCUACAAAUAUUAUCCUAUAUCAGUGCCUGCCUGCUUGUCUGUCUGUCUGCCUGUCUGUCCUGGAAUCACUGGUGCCUGCCUGCUUUUCAGAUACAUGCAGAAUGAUGAGUUGUCAAGAACCCAAACACCAUCAGAAUAUUAUUUGCCAAGACCCACCCCUUCUGCUGUAGCUAGAGAGGCACCCCAUUAUAUUCAAGCGGAUUCCUUUUAUCCCACUUAGUCUCUCAAAAAAGCUCCAUCAAGUUCACAAGAAAGUUUCAUCUUGCCAAUGUAGUACCAAGCACAGAGAGGGCGAGGACAAUUGAGCGUCUUGCUGGCCGUUUGGGGCCUUGCAGUGUGGAAGAUGAAAGUCCACCAGAGCAAGGUGCAACUGUAAUAGGCCUCUGAAACCCAGCGGCAUUUCUGAAUAUCGUGGGAGCCAUGGAUAUCCUGGAAUUAGAUGCCCAAUACAAGAGGAAAGCUGCUGGCAAUAAGAGAACCAUGCUGCUUAGGCUCCUGCCAUUUCUGGUCUCCUGCACCAUCUAUUUCAUUAUUUUGCUCCCUGAGCCCAGCUUGAAGAGCACUGUCGUAAAAUGCUUCCCCACAUUCUCCCUGGCGUUCUUUGUGGCCACUCAGUCCAAAAAUGGAGGUGUCUUCAAACCGUAUUCCCGGUGGAUUUUCCAUGGUCUCUUGUUCGCAUGUGUGGGAGAUGCCUGCUUGGUAUGGCCAGAGUUCUUCCUUGCAGGAAUGGGUGCCUUUGCCAUCUGCCACAUCUGCUACAUCGCAGCCUUUAGCCGGGCUCCCCUUCAACCUCUCACCUUCCUGGUCAUCCAGGGACUCGUGGCUGUGAAUUACGUGGUGAUCCUGCUGCCCUGUUUGUCAGGUUUCUACACGUGGGCAGUGCUGUUUUAUUCAGGCCUCCUUGGCGUCAUGACCUGGCGUGCAUUGUCUUGCUCCAAAAGGUUGGCUUCGGCAGGCAGCUUGGUCUUCAUCGUGUCUGAUAUGUUGGUUGCCCAUGACAAAUUCUGCACCCCCCAUCCUCUCGCCCGUGUCCUGUACAUGAGCAGUUACUACCUCGCCCAAACCUUGAUUGCCCUCUCAGUAGAUUCUCCGAAAUUUUCCUCAAAGGAGAACUGAGUCUUGAAUUGGACUUCUGGAUUGACCUUCAGCAUCAAAGUUUUGCCAGGCCUUCUGCCUCUCAAAUUCACACUUCUCAAGUUCAACUAACUUCUGGAUGGGUUGAAACUACAACUCCCAGGAUUCCCAUGGGCCAACAAUUAUGAGUAAUCAGCAGCAGCUAUAUCCAUAAUCCUCAGACAGUAUGGACUUUGUGGAUUCUCAAGAAUUGUAGGGCUGUAUUCAUGGAGGACACCACCUUGGAAGAAGCUCUGGUCAGAUUCUUUUCAGAAGUUCAGGUUCUGAGUCCAAAUGGUUCUAAGAACAGCUGCCGUGUCCUCCACAUUUCCUAUCUUCAUUGUUAUUUCACAAUUUUCUUCCGGGGUGUGUGUGAUGAUGUCAAUAAUCUAAUAAUAAAAGGA